ACCUUACCGCGGGCGCUCCCGCCUCCCCGGCACCGAUAAAUGCCCACUCCGCUCCCAAAGUUCCCAGCUGCAAAGUUUGCUCCGCUGACUGCCCGGCCGCCGGAGGAAGCUGGGGGACCCCUCUUGCCCUGGGACUUUUGCUCCCCGCCUUCCAGUCCCCCGUUUCGCGCUCCUCCAGGCGAGGGCCUGCGAAUCUUCCCAGAAACUAGCUGCUCGGCCGGCCGAGGGGAACAAGCUGCCCGAGAAGAUGUGGAAGGCGCGGGUGCUGCUGUUGGUUUGGGGGAGUGCAUUGCUCUGGGCUCCGGCAGGAGGAGCCAGCACAGUCCUGCCAGAAGAUGAAGCUACGACCGCAAGUAUGGAAAAUGGCAUGGUGACCCCAGGUGUGGGUGGUAACACGAUGACCCCAGGUGCCAGCGAACAGUCCCAUAAGCCUGUUGGCUUCACAAGUCAGGUGCCCACAAAUACAAAGCGCACAGACACUCCUAUAGAGGAUCUGCCAACUACAGAAAGCACAGGCCAUGCCCAAGAAGAAACCCAGAGCACCACAGCCUUGAAUGGGGCCACUAGUCACCCCAGGGAAGACACACAGACAACAGGUGCGAAAGAUGGCUUUUCGACUGGGACCCUGAUUGGAAUCAUAGUUGGUGUCUUACUAGGCAUUGGAUUCAUUGCUGGGAUCAUCAUUGUGGUCGUGCGAAAAAUGUCGGGAAGGUACUCGCCCUAAAGAGCUGAAGAAUUGUGCCCUUCUGCCAACAUGUUU